GUGUAUAAGACCUCUGGUCAAGCUAGUGAUGACAACCGUUCAUGAACUCUAGCUUUUAGAGGUUUCCGCUAUAACACCUUAGGUGAAUCCAACAUCGACAAAGCAUGGGAGAGAUCCAUGGCUCAUAAGUAAGCAACCGACCUUAACUCACAAGACGUGUUUUGGGGUGAAACAGAGGAGUUCUUGUGAGAACUCUGAAGUACGUGCUUAGUGUGGAGUACAACAAGGAUGGGUGACCUUAUGAGAAGUAACCUUGAAUUGCACCCCAAGUCAAAAACCGUGAGGGUCGAGCCCCAAAGCGGACAAUAUCUUCAUCAGGAAAAGGUUCAGGAUGUAACUGCCGCCGUGGUGAAGACACGAUAGGGCCGAGUGUUGAUGAUUGUGCACAUUCUUUGCACCAAAAGGUCCCAACCCCACUAGUGAAGAGAGUGAGUGAUUGAUUCUGGUUUUGCAUGUCAUAUCAUACCCCGGUGAGGACCUUUGUUGCCCAUUCGUUUGUUCCUUGAACUUGAAUGUUAUGCAUGGUUAGUUGUGGUUGAUUAGUGAUCUUGUUGAUACAUUCAUUGAUUCAUGAAUAAGGUGAGAACUUUUUCGUUUGCCCGUUUUGGUGACCUAGAAUGUUUUUUGUGGUGGGUGUCGGUAUUGCUUUCACCGAUCCAUGUGUUAAUUGCCAAUAGCCAUUGAGAUUCGCCAGUUUGUUCCCUUUGAUUUGUCCCCAAGUUAUUUGGUUAGGUUGAGAUAUUACCUUUUGUGAAAUGGUUUGCUUGGGGACAAGCAAACGUGUAAGUGUGGGGGAGUGAUUCUGGCCUAAAUGUAUGCUUUUUAUUCACGUUGCUCUUUGACGUUUGUGGCAUUUGAGCUCCUAAAAGGGUGGUUUUACGGUAGGUUUCUUGUGUUUCAAUUUGUUUCAGAGUCUAACGGGUGAAACCAACUUCGGAGUCGAAAGAUGGAUGAAAAGGAGCAAAGGCCGGGCAAAGAAGUUUAUUCACUCACAGUUCACGGUCAACAAGACUGUGAAGUGGAACCACAAACCGUGAACCGCGAAACGUCCAGAGGGGUUUCAGAGGUUACUAACGCCGAGGUAGUUCACGGUCGUUAAGACCGUGAACUGGGGAAUUGACUGUGAACCCCAGAAGUGAAGCGACGCGUUUUGAUCAGAGUUCACGGACACGGCCUGAAGUUCAUGGCCGUGAACUGGGCGCGAUCUGAGUAUAAAUAGAGAUCUGAAAGGAAGAAGAAGGGGGAGCCUAAAGUGAGAGAAACUUUCUUCUUCUUGAAACAAUAGAGAGAUACUGGGGUUUGCUCCAAGUGAAGAUUUUGGAAGUUCCUCUUCAAGAGAGGAUCUCUAAAAGCACAAGGAGAGUUGGAGGCAUCACAAUGAUGGUUUCUUUCUUCAUCCUCUGUGUUCUUUCUUUGUCUAGCAUGGAGUAGUUUCCCUUUUCACUUGGGUGUUGUAGAACUCUAACUUUUACCUUGUUAUUGAUUGUGUGGAUUGAAUGAUUAUGUGAUGAUGGUGUUUAGUUUAAGAAUUGAGGUAUUUUUCAUGGUGAUUGUGCAUUGUGUGUGCUUGGCAAUGUAUUGUGCUAUUCUAACCUAGCUUAGAGAGAAUCCCCCUUAUCUUAAGAGACUCAAAUCGAGCUAGGUUUUCUUAGGCAUUCCAUGCCUCCAUACUAGGUUAAUGAAGGGCAAAUCUCUAACCUGAAUUAGACACAUAAGUUAAUUGUGAAUAUGUCGUCCAAGCAUUGGUUUGAGGGAGAAGCUAAGUCAACCCUCACUUGCUUAAGCCAAGAGGGCUACAAUUGUAGCCUAUAAUGCUUUUCCUGGCCUAGCAAUUGAGAGGAUGGUUUCUAACCAUUGUUGCACCUCCUAUGGGUCACAAUUUCCUUUUCACACACCGGUUCAUUCGAUCCCAUGGUUCAUGGUGGUUAGUUAGGGGUAAGCAACUCCCUAGUGAAGCUUCUCACCAAGAAUUUUUCACCCAUUACUUUUCAAGUCCGUCUUUUAAAUAGUAGAUUGUAGAGAUUUCAACAAACAACAUCCCGCUAGUUAAUGUUUCAAACAAUCGAAGUAGGGGUACAUGGGCCGGCCCGGGUUGAUAUUUAAAUAUACUUUCCCUAUAUUUCACCCAUCUAAGGUUUAUACUUGGGCCAUAGGUGAGAUUUUAUUGUGAUAGUCGGAGUGAGUCAUGGUGCAUGCUUGCCCGUUUUGCAGGAUGGUCUAUAUCAACCACCCGUACCUUUCGGUACUUAGAGGAAAACCGGAAAUGGAAAAUGAGCUGAGAUUUUGGGCAAGCGCUCACUCUAGAGACCACUUGAUUAUCGACUUCACCCAGUUCGAUGGUCUUAAUUGUGGAGAUAUCAUGAGGGAGGCUAUGGUGCACCCACAAUGGAGCCAGCUCCUUAAAUUAAAAGAUGACAUUUAAGGGGAGCUAUAUGUUGAGUUUUUCAGUACCUUCACCAUCGUGAUGCGCACGAUGAAAUUCCAUUUGGGUGGAGAAUGCCGCAUCCUGACUUUCAAUGGGCUAGCCCAAGCCAUGGGAGUUCGAGACUCAACUGUAGCAUUGUGGGAAGAGGACACCACAAGCGAGUGCAACCUGAAUGCAACAUUUCGAAGAUUUUGCCUCCUGAAUCACCGACAAACACUGUUUUAAUCAGAACUCACGUCGGCGUCCACACUCAAGCCACAGUGGUGCAUCAUCAGUGCACUCCUUGCCCGUUCCCGCUACCCGAGCUAUCACAAUCCGAACAAGAUAACCGAGAGGAUCUUGCUGGCAUUCGCUUGCAUGGUGAACCCGUCUAGCAAUCUUCAUCUUGGUUCAGUCUUGGCCACCUCUUUUGCCAGAGCCAUAGGGGAAAUCGAUGAUAUGUCACAUCAAUGGGGCCCUACAUUACCCAUCUUGCUCGUCACUUUCACGUUAACCUGGAGGGCUCGCCAGGGCCUCCUUCUAGAUGAUGAUCUGCGGCCUUCGACCCGUGAUGAGGUAGCCGACGAGUGAGACAUGUGGUAGAGCCGAUUCAUUUUGCCCCACUUUUCCACUUGGUACUCUGAACUCUUUUAUUUUAUUUUUCUUUCUUUUAUUUGGUGUGUGUGAACUACUACUAUUAUCGUACUAUUAUGUGCAAUAACCUCGCAUCGAGCGAGUAUGUGUUGUGUUUGUGUGUGUGUCUUUUGUCUUCUCCUUGAAACUAAAUCUCAUACCCCGGAAAAAUUCCAAACUUUCACUCACCAAGCCAUGCGGUAACAUCAUUCUACCCCUAUCUUACGCCAUUGAGGGCAAUGUCAAACUUAAGUGUGGGGAGGGGGUAUUAGUCCACGCCCAAAUGUGGAUUGUCCCAAAAUGUUUUAUCCCCUAGUCAACCCCUUUGAGCCUAGUGACUUUAGGGAACGUUCUCUUGUAGGAGCUUAUUGCUUGUGAGUUUAAUGGUGUUUGAUAAUACGACCCCAUCCUUUCUUCGUGUCCAUACGUGAGUCAUCCUUGUGUCCAGGAGCUCUCGCUUUUGAGUUCCAUUGAGGUUCUACAUAGGAGGAUUUUGUGAGGUUCUUGGUAGGAAUGAAAGAGAAAAGAGUAGUGUUGGAGUAAGUUUUGACAAGAGAGCAUUGGUUGUUAAAUGUAAUGUGGAAAGUGUUUUACUCUCUAGUACCCCCUCAAAAAAAAAAAGGAAAGUAGAAAGAAAAAGAAUAAAAAAAGAGGUAAUAAAAUGUGGUAAAUGAAGUAGAUAGUGCCACAAAAAAUCAAAGAGUAUGCACUAGAAGGGGUUUCUUGGAACUCAAGCUAUUGAAACACCCACAUUGUUGUUGAACUCUUUCACUACCAUGUAGAAAUGUGAUAGUAAGAGUAGACUGAGGAAGUGCGCUUAAAUGUAGUUCAUGAUGGGUGAUAGUUUGGAAGGGAGAAGUAAAGUUUUUGGUCGAUGCUAGUGGCCAUUGUUUGUAGGGAAGGUUCUUAGUCGAAACCAUUGAACCUUCGGGUUUAGGAUGAAUAUGUAGGACCUCAUAUCGUGUUGCCAUUACCCAAAAAAGACUUUUUCCCCUUGUCUAGGACAAUUGCCAAUCAUUUGAACCAGUGUCUAAGACCUUUGGACAAGCUAGUGAUGAUAACCGUCCCGUGAACUCUAGCCUUUAGAGGUUGCCGCUGUGGUGAAGACAAUAGUGCCGAGUGUUGAUGAUUGUGCACAUUAUUUGCACCAAAUGGUCCCGAUCCCAUAGGUCAAGAGAGUGAGAGAUUUAUUCUUGUUUUGCAUUUCAUAUCAUAGCCCGGUGAGGACAUUUGUUGCCCAUUCAUUUGUUCCUUUAUGCAUAGUAAGUUGUGAUUGAUAAGUGAUCUUGUUGAGACAUUCAUUGGUUCAUGAAGAAGGUGAGAACUUUUCGUUUGCCCGUUUUUGGUGACCUCGAAUGUCUUUUGUGGUGGAUGUCAGUAUUGCUUCCAACGGUCCAUGUGUUCAUUGCCAAUAGCCAUUGAGAUUUCCCACUUCGUACCCUUUGAUUUAUCCCCAAAUUAUUUUGUUAGGUUGAGAUAUUACCUUGUGUGAAAUGGUUUUCUUGGGGACAAGCAAAUGUCUAAGUGUGGGGAGUGAUUCGGACCUAAAUGUACACCUUUUAUCCCCGUUUCUCUUUGAAGUUUGUGGCAUUUGAGCUGCCAAAAGGGUUGUUUUACGAUAGGUUUCUUGUGUUUCAAUGUGUUUCAGAGUCUAAUAGGUGAAACUAACCCCGGAGUAGAAAGUUUGAAGAAAGGUACAAAGACCAGGCAAAGAGGAGGAUUCAGCAACAGUACGCCGUCAAACAUUGGAGUUCACAGUCACCAGGACUGUUAACUGGAACCACAAACCGUGAACCGCGAAGUGUUCAGAGGAGUUUUAUAGGUUAGUGACACCGAGGCAGUUCACGGUCGCUUAGAUAGUGAACUGGAGCCAUGGACCGUGAACUCCUUAAGUGAAGCUGCGUGUUUUGAUCUGUGUUUGUGGUCGCGGCCUGAUGUUCACGAACGUGAACUGGGACUGUGAACUGCCCGCGAUCUAACCAUAAAUUGAGAGCUAAAAGGAAGAAGGGGUGAGCCCAAAGUGAGAGAAACUUUCUUCUUCUUCUUGAAACCCUAGAGAGAGAAAGCACAACCAUGAGGGAGAAGAGGCUAGGGUUUGCUCCAAGUGAAGAUUUUAGAAGUUCCUCUUUAAGAGAGGAUAUCUACGAGCACAAGGAGAGUGGGAGGCAUCACAAUGAUGGUUUAUUUCUUCUUCCUUUAUGUUAUUCCUUUGUAGCAUGGAGUAGUUUCCCUUUUCACUUGGGCGUUGUAGAAUCCUAACUACUAUCAUGUAAUUGAUUCCGUGGAUUGAAUGAUUGUGUGAUGAUGGUGUUCAAUUUAAGAAUUGAGGUAUUUUUCAUGGUGAUUGUGCAUUGUGUGUGAUUGGCAAUCUAUUGUGCUAUUCUAACCUUGCUUAGAGAAAAGCCCCCUUAUCUUAAGAGGCUCCAAUUGAGUUGGGUUCUCUUAGGCAUUCCAUGCCUCCUAACUAGGUUAAUGAAGGGAAAACCUCUAACUUGAAUUAGACACCUAGGUUAAUUGUGAUUAUGCCGUCCAAACCUUGGUUUGAGGGAGAAGGUAAGUCAACCCUCACUUGAUUGCAACAAGAGGGAUACAAUUGUAGCCUAUAAUGCUUUCCUUGGCCCAAAAAUUGAGAGGAUGGUUUCUAACCAUUGUUGCGCCUCCUACGGGUCACAAUUGCCUUGUCACACACCAGUUCAUUCAAUCCCACGACUCAUGGUAGUUAGUUAGUGGGAAGCAAGUCCCGAGUGAAGCUUCUCAAAAGAGUUUUCCACCCUUUUACUUUUCAAGUCUUGCUUUCAAAUAGUACAUUGUAGAGAUUUCAACAAACAACAUUUCGCUAGAUAAUGUUUCAAACAAUUGAAGUAGGGGUACAUGGGUCGGCUUGGGUUGAUAUUUAAACAUACUUGUCCUAUAUUGCACCCAUGUAAGGUUUAUACUUGGACCUUAGGUGGGAUUUUAUUGUGAUAUUCGGAGCGAGUCAAGUAGGUCGAGUCAAAAUUUUCCGGAAAUGCCCUGUUUUCACUUCAGUUCACGGUUUGCUCUUGGAGUUCACGGUCUUAAUUGACUGUGAACUGCCAAACGCGUCUAUGAACCUGGGUGUUCCGUGUUUAGUAAAACUCCUCGUUUUUA